UGAAUCCUUAAAGUUGAAUUAUAUGAAGCUUAAGUGGCACUCAGAGACAUGAAACACCACACUAUGCUGGGAGUUAGCUUACGCAGCUAAAGCUAACAGGCAAGAAUUUUAGCAACCACGAAGGAGAGGGUGACAGCAAGGGAAGCUGAGAGCCGUUGGACUGCUCUGGGGAACGUAGCUUCCUUCAGCCUGCUUAGAGGGAAGCAUGUCUUCAUUCCUGGCCAAAUAUCCACUCUUCAGGGGGAACCGUGGGAUACUCAGCAGUCUCCAGUCAGACCAACAUGUGAGGGAAGAUCAGCAGAAACCACAAUGAAACAGAACAAAGGAGGGGGGCUGAACUCCAGACAGUAAAAGCCAUGUGCAUGAGCCUACUAAUGCAAGACACACCAUGUGAAAGAGCCGGAGUAAAUACAUUCCUCGGCUGGCUUGUCCUGGAUUGAUCUCUGCUGACUCAGAAGAAACGUUAACCUACCAAACAUCUAAUAGACAAUGCCCCGGGGUUACUUCUGUGCACGUACAGUACAUGUGCAGACGGCUUUGUGUUGGGAACGGUUUUUUACAGCUCAGCCCAGUCUUUGGGUUAGCAACACAGACUCUCGUUUAUACUCUGCAGACCGUAGUGAACUGCUGUCAGCAAGAGAGAAACAUGAAUCAUAAAAGAGGUUCAGGUGAUAAACAUCAGCUAAUAAAUCCUAAUAAAAAACAGCUGUAUUGAACUACUAUUUAGGAAUUAAAAUAGAUAUAAAUGCCAGAUGCAAUACAGCUGUACAAUGCUAGAUACCGUAGCUGAUUUUAUUAGUAUGAGUCUAGGUUGAGUUGCAGUAUUCCCAUCUGAUUUGAAUUUGAUAAUCAGACAGCUCUAAGAUAUAAAGCCAUAAAACUAUGGUGCAGUUGUGUGAGCGCUUUAAAAAAUGAUUAUCCGAAGAUACAGCCAGUGAACUCUGGGAGCCGGCCUCCAGGCUGUAUUGUGACUGGUUCAAGUCAGCGUCCUGCUCAUACAUCUUUCUAAAAUUAUACACCACAACGGAGGAGAGCGGCCACUUCUAAACAAUGUCAAAAAUUCAGAUUUAGAUCCCCUCUUUUUUUAUCUUGUUAUUGUGUUACACAGGGACUGAAAGACAAGUCACAGCAUUAUGAAAUCAUGUGAGGAGGGCAAUUAUCCAUCACAAAAGCCCCACAGAAAAAAAAAAAAUAACCCACCGGCUGCAGAAGACAACAGAGCCUUUUGUUUGCCCCAUUGUCAGUGACACAGUGCCGAACUCCUCCUCAUAAUGGCUUGUUUCUCCAGUGAGCCGUCUGCCUUUAUCAGGCGCACUUUGUUCUCGACUAGCAAGUAAACUGAGUUUCUGAGACACAUAAUGGGCAGCUUAUGUAUAAGCUCAUUCAGGUUGCGAUUGGCUGUUUGUGACCCGCAGAUCUGAGUCACGGCCAGAGCAGAGUUAACGUAUUCCUCCUCACACUCGCUGCAUGCAUGACACACAGUCAUUUUCUGUUAUUGACAUUUGUCUAGAGUGACGGCAUCAUGUGACCGGGGGCGUCAUGUGACCUUGUAGUGGAGUUGUAUCAUCGGCGCGAUGUAAUUAUAAUGCUGACUUAGCAGUUCGGCCACUUGAACUCCAGCGACCUCGGCCCAGCGGCUAUUGUAAAAUCUCUCAGCUGUUGACAACCGACCACACAAUGACAGGGUUGACAGUGGCCACAACUAUACUGUACCAACCUCGAUGGACAUGGGGCUGCAGGGAGAGUCUGAGCGGAGUAGAAAACAGGAGCAUCUUAAAGUCCUCAGUCAUGGUCAGCUCGUGUUUGGUUUGAAGAAGCCUGGAAGUCUCAUUGCGGGUCUCGGCGGCUGGACCUGUCCUCACCUUUAACACACCAUGGCAUAUAUAAACCAGACAGCAGGACGUGUGGAGGACCAGUACGCUUUUCAUGCAGACAAGUACCAUAAAGUUUCACAGACGUGGAGAAAUAGCAGGAGGGCGGUAUGCGCGCCAAGCGAGAGAAGAUAUAUAUAAGUCCACCUCCAUCUACUUAGCACACAAAUUAAACCAACUUGUCAGUGAACAUUUAGAAAUCAUCGCGCGGGUCUCGGCGGGCCUCGCUGUUUGAACUGCAGUGUAGGUAGGCACUGUUUAUCCUGGACCGGGCGCUUGAUUAAAAUGAGGAAUGGAGGAAGAAAAAAAAGAGACAUGGCUCAGUCUCUCGGCGGUCAGCCACAGCCUCCUCAUCGCAGCCUCCACCAAUGAUCUGACUUUUCUCUCUCUCUUUUUUUUGCGAUUUUAUGCAAUCACAACUCCAAGAGCUAUUUUUAAUGUGUGUUUAGGUUGUGCGCGCGCCAUUCGAUAUUAAACAUUUCCCCCCUUAUUACUUAAAGGCCGACUUUAUUUUCCCUCAUAGCUGUGACUCCAAAAACAGCUGUCCAGACACCACAAGAAAGGGCCUAAAGUCACUGGAAGAUGUAGAUACCACCGCUGGACUCCAAAAGAAAAAUAUCGGCUUUUCAUUAAGAUCGUACUAUACCGUACCUUACCAAACAAUUCACAUAGAACAUCAACAUCCUUCCUGGCGACGCGGCGGCGUAGAUUAAGUUUCUGCACUUCCAUGAGUUUUGGACGGCGCCGAAGUGAAACCCUCCAUGACUCUUGCUCCGUUCUACGGCUGCAGGUCACCGUCCCGCCUCAGCAGCACUGUAAGGAGAUAUUUACGUUCACACCAGUGGCACAGCGGCCAACAGAAGCUGAUUGCAAGUGGUGUUUGUUUCCAAUGAAAGCACGUUAAUUCGGGCUCGGCCGCAGUGUAAACUACCUUGGCGUUUUACAGAUGUCGCCUGUUAAAGUGAAUCACUGUACCUGCCUGUUUGCCCGGCCCGGGCCGUUCUGAUGCCCCGCCAGAGAGAGUACACAACACGAGCCAAAAGGGCUAUUAAUAAGCCCUUCCUUUUCUAAUACUGUAAUACCUCCACGUGUGUAAUGUCUGCACCGGGCUAAUUAUGUCACAUCAUUUUUAGCUUUCGCAGAGAGACGAAUACAGACAGCCUCACAGCCCCAGUCUGACUUAAUUUUAGCUCAUCUUAGGUGUCAUUAUCCUCCAAUAUUUUUCCAGGAAUACUCCGCUGCAAGAAAUAAUUUUCUGUGAAAACAGUCCACUGAGAGGUUCAUCUGCUGCGACAAAGCACGCUGGAGGGGGUGGAGGAGAGCGGUCCGUCGUAUUCAGCGGCGCCACAUUACAAACUUGUGUUAAUAGCAUGUGUAAUCUUAAGCAUGUUCCAGCACAUGAUACCUCUAUUAUGUUUCUGUGAGAGCUUGUGAUAACAAAGUGAGUCCAUUUGAAGGUGUGUGGUCCUGAGUGGUAGGAGAGAGAAAGUGUCUGGCAGGGUGGGCCAUCGACCACAGUCCUCAGGGCAGACCUUGGCCGGAGCUCAGAGUACGGCCAGGCUCUUCAGCUCCGCGCACACACACACAUACACACACACACAAGUAUAGUAUGUGUAGUAUACGGCCACCAGUGGAGAACCAGUAAUGAAUGAAAUAUUAUAUUCCACAUCAUAUUCCAGCGUUUAACAUUAUUACCUUCACAUUAAGCCUUUUUAUGUUUUUCUGACAGCGAGGAGUACAUAUAUUACAAAAAUUGUCUGUACAGCAGAAUGAAGGCCCAUCCACGCUGGCAGCAACUCUCUCAAGUGAAACAUUUGGGUUUUUCUUCCCAUGUGAUGUUGUAUUUAACUCCCUCUGCUGCUUUUCAUACGUACACGGUAUGAUUCGAGAUGUUAAAUCCAUUAAAAACACUUCACAUAAACUCAAAAUGAUUCUCUCUUCGAACAGCAUAAUUGCUAAAAUCCCCUCCAAUCAGGCUGGAAUACGUUCAAUAAAUACAUUUUUUAUCUGAGCUGUUUAUGUCCCAAAAACAUUAUACUUUUUUGAAAACAAAAUCCAAACCUUUAAUUUGCAUGCUUUCUGGAUUACAUCAGGGGUGAGUUGAGUUAAAUCUCUAGACUUUCUUAUAGACAAGAGUGGAGGUUGUGGUCCAGGUUUCAGUCAUGGCAACGGGUUUGUUGUGGUUUCCUUAAGAUGGGUGAACCACGGCGCUGACCCAAAGUUGGGCAAGUAAAAAACAAUAUUUGGCCAACUUUAGCUAAACUUUGUUACCGUAUAUGGGGGGAAAACAUCAUCCGCUCUGUGUAGUUUAAAUCUCUGCAGCUCUUAAAGAAUUCACGCAGCGAUAUCUGACACUGCAACAUCAUCAUUGUGCUGAUUUUCACCAUCAAGGUUGUUUACCACAUGCGAUGCCACCCAAGAAGUUAUGUUUCCUGCCAUAUGAGUCGCCUUUUUGACAUUUAUGCUUUAUUUUCAUUCAGUAUUUUAGAUUCAACCAUGAUGUGCAAAUUAUAUUCCCAUCAAACUGUGUGAUUUACUGCGGCUCAGGAGGAGCUCACGGCGCUGCUGCACUCUGUCCUAAAGCUGAGCGCUUCUGACAGCAGAGGCUUCCCAUUCCGCAUGAACCCUUAAAAAAUGUUUAUACGUGACCUUAAAUGUUAUUGUUGAAACACUUCAGUUUCACGUACCAAACUGAUUCUUAUGUACAGCCCAGUCUCUGCCACUGCACUUCUCCAAGACAUAUAGUUUAGCCAUCAUUGAAGAACAGUUUUUGAAUAUAUUUAGCAUCAAGGUAAACUGCACGGGUAACAUGAUGGAUUAAAUCUGCGUGCGUUCUGUGUGUUCGCAAGCACCUGAAUAGCCCUCUCCCUAAGGAUUCUGUAACAUGCGCUUCGCAACUCAAGAGCCAUGUUCUUGUUUUAGACAGCAAAUAUUUACAAAGCAGGAAGCCAAAGAAAAUGUUGCACUGCACAAAAAUAAGGCCGGUGGCAGAGACUUGUGGAAAUGCUGUUGUGCCGUGGAAUCUGGGGAGGAUUGUUUGUAUUUCACGUUUGACAUUUUUAUUCGUUUUUUUUUUUUUCUUUGUUUGUUUGUUUUGGGGUUUUUUUUGUGCGGACUCUAUAAUAAGGACAUUAAGAUUUGAAAUAAAAACAAGGUAAACGUCCAUUGCCAAAUCGUGACAUGUUUAGCUCUAGUUUUUCUUGAUUUGUUAUCACUUAUUUACACAGACAAAUAUUUGUAUUCAUAUUUUUAGAUGAAACUUCUUUUUUAUUACCAAGUUUUUGAUUGACCUCAAAUGGAUUAACAGCAAAAAAAAAAUGUGUCGUCAUUGGUGAACCUUGAUUUUAUCUGUUAUCUCAGGAUCUACCACAUAGCAGAGAGGGAAAAAAGUAAUCGCUUCUUAAACAUUUUGAGGAUUGGUGCUAUAAAUAAUGACCCAUUACUACAUUUCUGGACAAGAUGUUAAGACAAAUAACCAAAUGUUACUGUUAGAAAUGAUUAAUUUAAGUGCAAAAAUACAUCCAAACAGUGUAAAUAUACUGAUGCUACACUUUAUAACAACCAUCAUGAAUAAAUGUUAAUUUCACAGUCAUUUAAACUUCAUCUUAUAGUUACGUUAACACAGAUAACAAACAAUGAAAAUGGUUUUAAAACAUCAGUUGCAACUUUAUAACAGCCUUCAAAAUAAUGUUAAUAGAUGAAGAACACAGUAUUUAUUAACCAUUUUCAAGGUGUUCUGAACACCAGUUGCAACUUUACAAUAAACAAUUACUUAAGAAAUGGUUUAUAAAGCAUUUUGAUUGUUUGUUAAAAGUUACCUGUUGCUUAAUGUUGAGUUAAAUAUAUAUUUAUUAAUGACGGUCUAACAGCUGAACCUUUAACAGUUCAAACAAAUUAUAAAAAUCAUUUUAUCACUUACCUGUUGUUGUAUCUUGACUCUGAAAAGUUUUUUUUAUUUUUUUUUUUAUUUCAACAGGUUUUAGGAAAUGUUUCAGUUCUGUUACAGUAAAGUUGUUGUUUUUUUUUUUUUUACAUACUUGCAUCAUGAGUAAUUUACAGAAAACAAUGUGAACAAUUAUUUCUUGAAUACAAAGUAGUUCUGAUGAAAAUCGUUUGAACAGGAGGCGUGUUGUAAUCCAUCUAGAUACUCACGGCAUGUCAAACCUGCGUGACUACACAUCACAAAAUGUAAUAUAAUACGUUUUGUACCUUUGAAUCAUGCGGUUAUUAAAAAGUGAUUUACGCGUACAACAUUAAAAGGCGAGAGUGUUUGGAACUAACAAAUCAUAAAAAAAGCCAGAGGCACUUUUCCUCUCUUCACUGCUUAGUCACACUUGCCCACCGGCCAGUGACAAGAACUCUGUGAUACCUGCAGACUUUCAAACCUGACUGAACUCCCAGCUUCAUUCCACACAUUCCUCCUUCCUCUGCACUAACACCCCGUCUGUGUUUUUGAUCUGUUGAAACAAACACCUAUGAUCGCUGAUCAAAGACGAGCCGUGACGCUGCUCCGGGGACGCGCCAGGGUGUGUACUCCAUGUGGAUGCGUGGGAGUCUGUGUGUGUGCGUGUUUGUGUGUGAAAGGAGUGUGAUGAUUCACCGUUUAUUGUCAUGAGCUGCCUGCCCGACACUGCUUGUUGGCAGGCCUCUCUUGCUUGUGUUAUUGUGUGUGUGUGUGUGUGUGAGAGAGAGAGAGACACUGUGAGAAGGCAUCCCUUUCAGGAGAAGACAGGUGGGCUUGAUUUACGGCCGCUUACAGGAAUCGCCCCCGUCUGUCGCUUCUAUGAGAGCCAAUUUAAGCAAAGCAUGCCUCCAUGCACAUGCAGACGCGCUGUUAUUAAGGCAUUAGCACAAUAUCGUGACAACUGUCUGUGGCACGGCUGCCUGAAGAGUGUGAAGCAGCAGGAAAAGAAAGCCUUGGAGAGAGAACAAAUUCAGGCUGCAAAAGUGACAGUGAAGCAGCUCUUUAGACUCUGUAAAUAAGCAGUUUCACACCACCUCCGCUCACUCUUCAAACACACACUCACCCAGCCUCUCUGUCUCUCUGCUUCUCAAAUCUUUCUGCUGCACAUGCAUACACAGACAUACACUCUCACACACACACACACACACACACACACACACACACACACACAAACACACCCAGACUCACACCGCCAGCCAGCCAGCCAGCCAGCCUUUCGCUCCUCACUCACACCCUCAAAUCUUACCAAGCUCAGCUCUCCCUGCUCAGAGGCAGACGGGAGCAGCACAGCAGCCUGUUAAAGGAGUUGAGGGAAGGAGCAGCGGAGUCAGAGAGAGGGAGAGAGAGAGAGAGAGAGAGAGGGAGACAUAGAGGGAGGGGGAUGAAAGAGUGAAGUGGAGAACGAAGCCGAGAGAGCGCUGUUCCCCAUAUGCUGAGGAGGCAUGGGCGGUUGAACAAGCUGCCCCCACUGAAGCCUCCUGACUCAUGGGAGCGUCAGACCUCGAUCCCCCAGAGAGCCUGGAAACGCUGCCGAACCACGCGUAAGAGAGAAGGAGGGGAGCCAGAGGAGAGGAGAGGAGAGAGAAAAAAGUCCAGGGAGAGGAGAAGAGAGGAGAGGGAAGAAAGCCACAACAGUAGGCUGUCCCACUCGACUGCUGUGCCGUGAUGACGUCAGAGGGCAUGUGACCCAGGCUCUCCAGUGACGGCACAUGGAGGGCAGGAAAGAGACGAGUUUUAAAGCUGGUGCCUUUUGGGUUGUGUGAGGGCUCUGCUCGCCUCCCAAACAACCACAGAACCACAGACGUGCGGCUCGGGGUUGGUGUUUGAGGGCGACCUGGAGUGUAAAUGGUUAAUCGUCGCGGGCCAGCACCAGUCACAAGGACGGCGCUAAGCGAGACGUGUCAAGGGUCACGGAAACCACAGAGGAACAAAAGUGGGGCUUGCUGCAACCAGAGGCAGCUAUGGCAUCUAACAGCCUUUUCAGCACAGUGACACCAUGUCAACAAAACUUCUUCUGGGAUCCCAGCGCCAGUCGGAGGUUCAGUCCGCCGUCCAAUAGCCUCCAGCCGGUCCCAGGGAAGAUGAACGAUGUGAGCUCUCCAGCCGGGCAGCCGGACGCAGCGGCGGCGGUGCCAAGACUGCGUCCCCACGAAAACCGCAGCAUGGCCGAGAUCAUCGCCGACCACCCGGCCGAGCUGGUCCGGACCGACAGCCCCAACUUUCUGUGCUCGGUCCUGCCCUCCCACUGGCGGUGCAACAAGACGCUGCCUGUCGCCUUUAAGGUGGUUGCCCUGGGAGACAUACCUGACGGGACCGUUGUCACAGUAAUGGCGGGCAACGACGAGAACUACUCCGCCGAGCUGCGGAACGCCUCAGGUGUGAUGAAGAACCAGGUCGCUCGAUUCAACGACCUUCGCUUCGUGGGCCGCAGCGGCAGAGGCAAGAGCUUCACGCUGACAAUCACAGUAUUCACCAACCCACCACAAGUGGCCACUUACCACCGAGCCAUAAAGGUCACCGUGGAUGGACCACGUGAGCCCAGGAGGCAUCGUCAGAAACUGGAGGACCCUCCCAAGACCGGCCUCUUCUCAGACCGCCUGAGUGAGCUGGAGAGGAUGAGGGUGAGGGUGGCCGUUCCCACUCAAGGCCCGCGGCCAACUCUCAACCCGGUGGCCAACUCCUUCAACCCGCAGGGACAGACGCAGAUAACAGACCCGCGUCAGUCCCAGUCCUCUCCUCCCUGGUCGUAUGAACAGACGUACCCGUCCUACCUGAGUCCCAUGGCGUCCCCCUCAGUCCACUCCACCACCCCCCUCUCCUCCAGCCGAGGCACCGGCCUGCCUGCCAUCAGUGACGUGCCUAGACGAUUGCCAGGUUCUUCUGACCUGAGCCCGUUCCCCGGUCAGUUCGAUCGUCAGUUCCCGAGCCUCUCCUCCCUCACAGAGAGCCGCUUCUCCAGCCCUCGGAUGCACUACCCGGCCACAUUCACCUACACCCCGCCCGUCACCACGGGCAUGUCGCUGAGCAGCGCCCACUACCACACCUACCUUCCACCUCCUUACCCGGGCUCCACCCAGAGCCAGAGCGGACCCUUCCAGACCAGCAGCACGCCGUAUCUCUACUACGGCGCCUCGUCCGGCUCGUACCAGUUCUCCAUGGUCCCCGGCGGGGAUCGUUCGCCCUCCCGGAUGAUCCCGCCUUGCACUAGCGCCUCCACGGGCACCUCCCUGGUGAACCCUAACCUGCCCAGCCAGACGGAGGGAGGGGUGGACGGCGACGGGAGCCACAGUAACUCCCCGACUGUUCUCAACCCCGGAGGCCGCAUGGAUGAAGCAGUGUGGAGGCCAUAUUGAAGAAAAAAAAAGCCCAGAAGGUGGAGAUUGGAAGUCAACUGAUGUCAUGGUUUGAAAGCACAAAACCUUUUUUUUUUAUUAUUAUUGAAAAGGGGAUUUUUGAGCUCUCAUCAGCUAUCUCUUCCUUUUGCUUGGAAAUUAAGGUUGAGAUAUAAAAAAAAAAAAAGAAGAAGAAGAAGAAGAAGAAAAGAAAAAAGACCGGACUUGUACGGACUUGUCUUCCUGGAAUGUGUUUUGACCAAGGCACUACAAAGGAAGUCAUUCUCACAGCAAUAAAGAGAAAGACGAUUUUACUAGGCCCGAGUGGAUGAGACUUUAUUUCAGUUUUAUUAUAAUCCACGAGCUAAGGGAUGCUUCGACAACAUUUGUAAAAGACUGCCUCUUUUGUAUAGUGUUUGUAUUUCAAUAAGGCUUUUUGCAGAGCAUGUUUUUGUACUACGACAAUAUCAAGAUGCAAGUUAGGCACUGAGUAGCAAGUGAUGAGCGUAACACAUAUGUUACCUUAAGUGGUAUGGACAGUAAAUUUGCUUUAAACCGAUUAAUUUAACUUGUAUAUUGUGGGUGAAACGUUGAUGUAGAUUGAGGCGUUGUCUUAGUUUUAACUUAUAAAGCCAUAAAUUAUGUAUUGUAUUUGAAACUUGAGUCAAAGAAGUGUAAUCUGAAUAUUUUUGAUGCAUCUAUAUGACUAAGUUAAAAUGUUUUUUUUGAUAGGUAAUUUAAGAGAGUGAGAGGUUUAAUUGUUUUGUUUUUUUUGUAGUACCCAAAGAUAUAAAUGGUUUUGAAUAUGAAAUGUUAUUUCCAAAGAGUAUUGCAACAUGUUUCUUCUGGUGUAACUUUCAGUUUAACUGCUCCACACAUUAAGAGCCCAACAUCCACGCAAGGCGUUGACACACAUUUGGCUUGGAAUUAAACCUUUGGUAUUUAUUGAGCAAUAACUCGUUUUGUGCCUCUUGGCAACAUCCCACGACAGAGAGCUUCAAUGGGGGAAAAUAAUUAUCCGUUGGGGAAAUUUCUGCUUGAUUUCUUCAGUUUGUCUCGUCUGACAUGCACACAAAUACGUAUGUAUUCUCUUGUCCAAAUAAGAAAUGGUACAUUUAUAUGCACACUGACGUGUAGUCCAAAGAUAAUCAUGGCGGUGCCGCGCCUCGUGGUGCUGUGACUGCUCUCCAAAAGCAGAAGGUCAGACCUUAAGGUUCAGUUGUUUUAUAUGUGAACUCCUCAGGACUGGAAUAAUCAAAGUCCACACAGAAUUGUUUUUCCUUUCAUUUUUUUUUUUCAUAUCCAGUCCGGCUGAAUGCUCUGUCAAGAUUAUAGGGAAAACAUGCCAAGUCUAUUAUAGCUUUCAUAUCAUGCGCAGGAGAUAGCUUUGAAAAAGUGUGUCUGAGUGCGUGACACACACGGGUACUUUCUUGUUUGUUUUCUUGCAUUCUUUUCUUUCGGUCUCUGAGAUUGAAAAGGACAGAUCACAGUUAAAGACAAAAGAGACUGUGACAUUCCUUCAGACAUUUAUUUAUUUCCCCUUUUUUCUUUUUUUUUUUUGCUUCUGUUGUCCAGAUAGAUGUGUAUCGACCUCGCUAACCAGUGCCGUGCUCCAAAAUCUCUGUGGCACCAGUAUGAGGGGGAGGUCUGAUAUCUUCCAAUUUUGAAAUUACUAUGUGAGAUUUUUUUUUUUUUUUUUUUUAAAGUGUG